UUGCAUGUUUGUUCGUUCAUUCGCGCAACGACAACGAAGAAAUUUCCAAUCAUUGGUUGGGCUGUGUGAAAAAUAUUAAAUUCGUGCAAAUAAACAUAUAAAUAAAGCUAAAAAUAUUUAAAAAAUACUGUACAAUUGUUAUAUUUAUCAUAUUAAAUGGAAUUAUUAUGCAAAUUGUGUGAAAAGUGCAAAAAAACGCAUUGAAAAAAAUUGUGCAGAGUGACUUGUGUGAUUUUCGCCGCUGAAGUCGAACCACCACCAUAAGCGCCAGGCAAGCAGCGAGUAGAAAAACAGCCGCCGCAGUAGCAGCGGAUUGCGAGAAACGCAUUCGCGCCGUUUCUCGUUUUGUGAAACCGCGAGUGACCGCAUUUUUCAUUUGAUUUUUAUUCAGUUAACAUAUGCGUGUAACAAAUAAUCCUUAUUGAAUUUUGAAGAUUUGUUUUAAUCUUAAUACCUAGUUUUCAAGAAAUAAGACACUACUUUAAAUAUUUAUUGGUAAAAAAAUUAUAAACAUUUCGCACAAUAAAGAAUAUGGAUGUAUCCAAAUUGGAUAAGAUGAAGGUGAUAGACCUUCGAAAGGAGCUGGAAACGCGUGGUCUUGAUACUAAAGGUGUUAAAGCGGUAUUGGUGGAGCGUUUAAGGGCUUUUCUAGAAGAUGGCAUUGGUGCUGCCCCAGGUACACCAGGAACUCCAGGUAGAAGAUGUCGUCGUACUCGCUCGAUGACCCGUUCUCCUUCACCUUCACCAGUAAAAGUAGCAGCAGUGGAGCCGAAUUUAGAGACACUAGCUGAAGAGGAAGAUAAUGGUAACUCCGAAGACGUCCCUGCAAAAGAAGAUGUCAAGGAGAUUAUCAGCGAAGCAGAAGUUAUAGAGGAACAAAAUCAAGAGCAAGAGCCAGAGCCAGAAGAAAACGAUGUGGAGGAGCAUAUAGAAUCUGAAGCCGUUGAAAAAAUUGAACAGAAUGGAGAAGAAUCAAAAGAAGAGGUUGUUGAAGAAGAAAAUGAGAAAGAAGAGGAAGAAGAAGCAAUUCAACAAGAUGAAGAACAUGAAGUUGAAGGAGAAGUUAAUAAAAGCGAUAUUGAGGCGGCCGAGCAGGCUCAUGAAGAUAAUGAUAAACAAAUGGAUGUUGAUCAAGAUAAUGAACAAGAAGUAGUUCUAGAAAAGGAACAAGAAGUUGUUCUAGAAAAGGAACAAGAAGUUGUUCAAGAUAAUGAACAAAAAGUUGAUCAAGAUGAUAGGCAAGAAGAAAAAGAAGUUAAAGAGGAUACAGAAAAAAAUAAUGAAAAGAACUUGGAAAAAAGUAAAACAGCAGUUAACCGUGAAAAACGUACGCAUUCACCUUCACAUUCCAAAGAACAUCAUGAUCGUUCUCAUUCCCGCUCACGUUCGCGUUCGCAUUCUCGGUCACGAUCGCGCUCAAAAUCCAGAUCCCGUACACCGAAACGACGAAGUGGCGCUGGUAGCCAUGGCACACCAUCCAAAGCAGAAGAGGCGACAAAUCCUGAAGAUGAACCUACCAUUGAAGACAAGCAAUUCGGUUUAAGUUGGUUUGAUUCUGAUUUACAUCUACGCAUUGAUCCAGUCACGUUCACAUCGGCAAAACCGAUGUCACAUGAAAUAUAUUCAUUGAUUUGGUCCGGAGCACGGACUAAUUAUGGCGUGCGCGAGGGCAAAGUAUGUUUUGAGGUGAGAUUGGCAGAGGAAACCCAAUUGGGGCGUACGCAUCAGUUCCGCGAUGAACCCCAUGUGCGUGGAUUUCGUGUAGGAUUUUCUUUGCCAGACACCACUUUAUUGCUAGGCGAAGCAGAACAUUCAUUCGCUUACUGUGAGUCGGGGCGCAAAGCUACUAAUUCAGAAUUUACGGACUUUUCUAAACCAUAUCAAUUGGAUGAUGUAAUUGGGUGCUAUUUGGAUUUGGAGAGUACGCCUUGCACCAUCAAAUACACCUUAAACGGUGAGGAUGUCGGUGUAGCUUUUGAAUUUGAUAAAAGUAUUUUGGGCGAAAAUGGUGCAUUAUUUCCACAUAUUGUGACUAAGGGUUAUGAGUACCAUGUUAAUUUUGCUGACAAUGAAAAUUUGCUAGCUAAUGUGGAGAGACCGAAACGCAUGCGCCGCAUACCCAAAAAAGAAAAAGUGGUGGAGAAAGAGAAGGAGAAGGAGAAAGAUAAAACUGAAAAGCCUAAGGAUGAAACUAGUAAGGCACCCGAAGAAAAUGAUACAAAAUCUGAAGAAGGAGAUGCUGCUAAAGCGAAAACUGCUAUCGAUGAGGAUGAAGAAAUGCAAGAUAAAACUGAAGCAGACAAUGAAGCGGAAAGUGAGAAGGUCGUCGAAAAGACGGAAGAAACCCAACCAACCGGAAAUGUUGUUGAACAGGAAGAACAGAAAUCUGGCGACAAAGCGGAAAAUGUUGAAGAAAAUGGUGAUACCCAGACAGCAGUUGAUGACAAAACAGCAGAUAAUAAAGAUGGUGAAAAUGCUAAAGAAAGCAAGCGGAAGGAGGAAGAAGAGACAGAUGGACCCUCACCAAGCAAGCGUAAGCGUCUCGAUGAUGAUAAAGAGAAACAAGAGAAACGUCGUGAAUCUUCUGAUGACGACGAAUACGAAGAAAUCAUACCAGAACUACGUGAGACAGUCACUCUAUUACCCGAUUAUGAACUGAUCGCAUUGAUACCAGAAGAAAAAUAUGUACCUGGCCCACAGCGACCAAACAGUCGCAAGGAAUGUGAAGUUAUACUGUUGGUAGGCCUACCCGGUGCUGGCAAAACCCAUUGGGCAUUACAACACAUCAAAGAAAAUGCCGAAAAACGUUAUCAUGUGAUUGGAGCAGAUUCGUUGAUUGCAAAAAUGACAAUUGAUGGUGCACCACGCAAACCCUUACAUAAGGGUCGUUGGGAACGAGUCUACGAAUUAUGCUUGAAUAAUUUGUCUCCACUAGAGGAGAUUGCAACCAAACGACGUCGAAAUUUCAUACUAGAUCAGACCAAUGCAUACGCAUCCGCACAACGGCGCAAAAUGAAAGGUUUCGGCGACUUCAAACGCAUUGCAGUUGUUUGCAUACCAAAUGAUGAAGAAUUGAAACGGCGCAACACUGAGAAAACAGAAAAGGGCAAUGCUAAUACAAUUAGAGAAUCAACAUUAAAUAAUUUACGAGCCAACUUUACGCUGCCAUCAAUUGAUCUGGAUUGGUUUGACGAAGUAAUCUACACGGACCUUAGUGGUGAUGAGGCUAAGGCUGAGGUGAAACGCUACAAUGAGAAAGGCAAGAAGGCUGUGGAUGAGAGCCAACCGAAUAAACGCAAUCGGCGUGAUAAUCGCCAGCGCGGAGAUGACCGACGACAUCGUGAUGGUGGCGGUGGCGGCAGCGGCGGUGGUGGAGGACGACGUGAUUUUCAUCGUUGGAAUGAUCGACGCGUCGGUGGCGGCGGCCACCAAGGUGGUGGUAAUCGCUGGGGCGGCGGCGGUGGUGGAGGCGCUGCUGGCUACCGUGCCGGUUUGCGUGAUGAACGCGGUUAUGGCGGUGGUGGUGGUGCUGGUGGUCGUGGCUAUGACAAUCGUAAUAAUCGCUAUAGCAAUGGUCCACAGAAUUGGGGCCAAAAUAAUCGUGGUUCGAAUCGCUAUGAAGAUCGCUACAAUCGCUCAGGCGGCGGUGGUGGUGGUGGUGGCCGUUAUGAUUCGGGUGGUGGCGGUGGACGUUACAGUUCGUAUGGCGGUAGCAGUGGUGGUGGCAGCGGCGGCGGCGGUGGUGGCGGUGGGGGUCGUGACUAUCGUGAUCGCGAUCACAGAGAACGCAAUGCUGGCGGUGGUGGCGGCGGAGGAGGUCGACGCGACAACUAUCGGUCCGGUGGUGAUAGCCAGCGGGAUUUUCGGCCUGGCCACCGCGACAAUCGUACAGAAGAUAGUCGCGGUGGCUAUGAGCGCUCGGGUGCGACUGGAGGGGCGGCAACAAAGUACGGCAGUAAUACAAAUAAUGCUGUCGGCAGUGUUGGCGCUCACAGUCAAGCUGGCUACCAUGCGCAGGGGCAUGCGCAACAUGGCCAGUACAAUAGCAACAAAGUAGCGACUACAGGAAUGGGAAGUGGUGGUGGCAAGAGCUCAACGCAAAGUGGCGGUAAAUGGAGCUCUUAUGGCCAGCAACAACAGUCACAACAACAACAACAACAUCAUCAAAUGUCCAGUGGCGGUAAUUGGCAACAACAUGCGCCGCAUCAUCAACAAUAUCAACAGCAGCAACAACAACCCGCAGCACAACAACAAUACUGGGGCUAUGGUGACAUGCAAGGCUAUGGCAAUGCUCAACAACAGCAAACACAACAACAACAGCAACAAUGGGGAAACACCGAUGCCGGUCAACAACAGGAUUGGCUAGCAUGGUGGCAGCAAAAUCAACAGCAGCAAACCCAAGCGAAUGCCAAUGAUGCGAACCAAUAUUGGUCCCAAUACUCCUAUCAGACGACAAUGACGGGUAAUGGUAGUAGUGGAGGUGAUGGUGCUGGGAAAAAGUGAAUAUCUGAAUAUCUUUGCAACAGCCUGCGCAGUGACAUAGUACAAUUUCAAUAUAUAGAGGGGGGGUAAUAGAAGGGAAAAAAUGGAAAUAACAAAUUUUAUUGUCGUACACAUGGAUAUAACGCGUUGCAAUACACUUACCCAUGGUACAUACAUACAUACAUACACACACGUAAACAAAUAAACAAAAAGUGUUGCAGUGUUCGCAAAAUCGCUUAAAAAUGUGUAAAGUAAAUAUAUAGUAUUGAAUUGAAACAUUGAUUACAUACCUUACAUACAUAUAUACGACAGCAUUGUGACAGCGAAAAUACGCAAAUCAAAUAGUAGCGUUAAAUCUAUUAAAUUACUUGCAAGACACAAAUCUUUAUACGCCAACAGCCAUGGAUUAAUUUAUACAUUCGCAACAUGGAAUCCACAACACGUUCAAUCAGCAGCAUCUAUGUAUAUGUCCCUCCGCAAAACUACUUAUCAACUAAACAAAACAAAAACAACAACAACAACAUUAAAUACACUAACAAAAUCCCGUCAUUUUUGUAUAAUUAAAGUUAAGCAAAUUAGCGUAUAAAAAAGUAUGAGUAAACAAUCAGUUUUAGUUGCUUUCUUAUAUUAUUACUGCUGCUACAAUUAUAAUUAUUAUUUUUUUAUCAUCUUUAUAAUUACAUAUAUUCUUCUAUCUAUGUUCUUGUUCAUUUUCGUGGUUAUACGCAAAUCAAAAAAAAAAAAAAUAAUAAUGUUUCCCUUUUUUUUAGCUGUUCCAUUUUUAUUUUUAAAUUUUAGUAUGUUAAUUAAUAUGUGAAGCUCCUUAGGAACAUUGAAAUAUGAAAAAUUGGAAAAAAUGUUCUUCAACCUUUGCCUUUAAAUUAUUCUUGUU